CUCUUUGAAGGUAUCCAGCUUGCUGCCGGGGAUCAUUUCACUCCUGAGGAAGACGCCAGGAUCCGUAAGAAUUGGCGUACGAUUGCACACAAAUAUGGCUUCAUCUAUGAGGAUGCCCGCUAUUACGUUGGAUAUUCCGAAGACUUGGAGUCUGUACGGCUGCAACGACUCCAAAGCGCUCUUCUUAUCAGUGUAGGGAUGUGGCCGAAAUUGUGUCGAAAACUGGAGUGUCGAAGCGCAUAUCAGAUCCAGAGGCGGGUGUUAUACAUUUUUGACCCCUAUUAUGUCGGUGGUCCGUCGCCACUGCCGCAGGAAAUGGUUUUACGCAUCCAUGAACGUGCGCUGCGUGGUGAAUCCCGAUGGCAAAUAGCUCUUUCCUUGGGUGUAUCAAGAAGUCGAAUAGACAGUGUCCUCAGAAACAAGAAGCAACAGAUGGAGCGACACGAAACAGUUUUGUCAAAAUCGUCAUUAUGCGAAUCGCAGGUUGCCGAAUAUCUUCGGUCAUCUCCAUUGAAAAUCAAAAUCGCACUCGCACAUUUCAACUGGGCUCAAUUGAUACCUUUAUUUCGGCCUUUGCAAGCUAAUGAAAUCAAGCAUGAAUGGAGAAGCAUUCUGAAGCAACUUAGUGACUCAUAUCUUGUCCACCUCGAAUCACUUGAAAAUGAUCAAGCGUGGGUUUCUGCUAUGAACGAGGUCAUGCCAGAGGUGCGAUUUUCCUUGGACGAUUUAAUAUAUUACACGAAAGCCUUGAGAAAGUGCAUUGCUAGAAGUGCUACUACGGUUCACUCACUAUUUAUAGAUAAAGAAAAACUUUUGAAAAAACUGUCCGCUAGAGGAAUUGCUGAUGUUGACAGAUUCGAUUUGUGCACUUGUCCUAUAUAUAAAAGAAUUCUAAGUUUUAUACGGGUUCGAAACUCGGGAAUUUUCCGGCAGCUGCGUUUUCCAUUAACCGCUCGAGAUACAUUGCGCAUAUUGGAGGCAUGUUAUAGGCGUCUGAAACCAGCUGUAACUGAAAUCACUCCGAGAUCGUCCCUCCCCAAAAUAUCAAUGCAUCUUCUAGUCGAGUGCAUUAUCGACAGAAUGCUGCACAUCGAUCCUUCAUGGCAGCCACCACUGGUGCGCUCCUGGAAUCAUGUGCGCUACUUCUCAAAAUACUCAAACAACGAAGAAAUCAGGAACUGUGUCGUUGACGAUCGUCGAAUGAGGGAGACGCUCUUUGAGGAUCCGCAGUAG